AUGUGCGGGAAUUACAGCGAUGUUAUACUUGGUUCCAAAAAUGUACACUUCUUCCGGCCACUGGACAGGGGAGACCGCAGCGAACUUCAUCAACCUGAAAAGAUCGUUUUGUUUGGUGACUUCCUUUGUGGUAUUGCGCUACGAGGUGCUCACGAAGCUGUCAUGGAGCACGAGAUGUCAGAACGUAAAGAGGACAGACAGAGUGAUCCGAGUUUUCCUGACGAGCGGCGGGUUUUCGAAAGUGCAUCAGUUGGCUUCAGCGAUGAAAAGCCAUCAGUUCCGCACGAACCAGUAGAAGGGACAGAACAUGAGGCAUCAGGUGAUGUUGUUGCACUUCAGCGUCAACGAGCUCUACUUCAGCGACAACUAGGGGAGGAGUCCAGGCUGGCCGUCUGGCGCCGGAAUGCGAUUAGACAAGCUGCAUCCAGAAGACACCGUGCAGUUGAAUUAGAAGUACACGUGAUAUAUUUGUUAUUGGACGCAAACGUUUGCAUUGAAUGGCUGGAGGAGAUUGCCACUUUAACUGGACGGCCAUCAAACUACACUGUCCUAGUUGCCAUCGUUGUGAUGAACGAAAUGGACACGCUUGCUCGGUGCGGAAGCAACAGGAACUCUUGGCGAAAAUCUGACUACGAGGAGGGUGACGUAACUCGUGCGGGUCUCAUACAAGAGCGUGCUAGGGCAGCGAUAACUUACCUGAAACACGAAUUUGCCCACAGAAACACUCGACUUCGGGGAUUGACUGCUCGGGGAAGCUCUAUGGAAACGAUCGCUUUUCGAAACGAAAUCAAUGGUCGAGUACCAAUCAAUCAAUGGAGUACCAAGAGCAUGGUACUCGUUUGCCAUCCUAGUGGAUAG